AUGUCGUUCAUUGACGAUGAUCUACGGCGAGUCGAUGCAGCUCUGGACAAAUUCCAGCUGAAGGAGGCCGAGGAGAGAAUAUCCGCCGCAACUACCGAAGGAGAAAGAGUCGCUGCACCACUAGUUGAGGAUGCUCGAACCGCCGAGCUCAAAGCAGUAGUCCGAGCAUUAUCGACAACUUCGAGCUCGAGGCCCCUUCUACGUCGUACUCGGCUGCGCAGUUUGCUACGUCAACUUGGCAGAAAAGAGGGGGAGCAGGUGGUUGCCGAGACAAUUUCACCAGACAUAUCAAAUCUAGAGUGGAUUGCAACCGGCAAGGCAACAGCUCAAGUCUACGGCUUGAUCCUCAAUUCUCUCCUGGAUCGAACAAUUCCCUUAAGCGAGUCUAUCUGGUACUGGGACGAUAUUUUGGGGUCCUAUGGAAAUAUUCUCCUCUACACAAUCCAAACAUCGCCCAUCAGAUUUUGGGCGCAGGCGAAGGAAGUUUAUGCUGAUGCGCGACAGAAGUUUUGGCAGGGACAUGACCUCACAGCCUCUGCGAGACAAGCUACAAGAACCGUGACUGAGGGUUGGCGUGAGUUCUAUGGCCUGGUUCAAAACAGUAUUCGAGAACGCUCCCUGGCCCAAGCCCAAACAAAGAUCCUAUCGCCCUUCUCCAUAGCCCGUAUGCAGGCACGGAGAAAUCUCGAGCGUAUACAACACCUCAGAAGGUCCAGUGCUGGAUCAAUUGGCAGAAUUGUCAGAGAAUGUCUUGUCUUUGGAGGGCCUCCAGAAGAUCGUAAACACGGCGCCUUAAUCCAAGUGCUGGAGGCAGAAGAGGACGACUGGCAGACUACGAUAGCUCGAGCAGCCUGUCUUCUAGAUAGUGUCACGAGGAGCCACGACGACAUCGAAGAGUUCAGCUUUGACCCGCAAACCGCCUCCUCGACAGAAGUUGCCAAUCUCCUGGUGAAAAUCCUGGAUGAACGCCUCCCGGCGCAGGAAAAAGAGGCAGAAGAUUUGCGAUUAAAAUACGGCAAACCGUCAAGGUUGGUCCGCUACUGGAUUCCUGCCGUGGGUUUGCUCCUCUCAGGGAGUACUUUACUUCGAAUACUUGUCAACAGGAAAGCCGAAAUUGCCCAAUGGUUCCGAGACCUGGGCCAAACUACCAUCGACUUCUGGACAAACUGGGUCAUCGAGCCGACGAAGAAACUCAUCGGGACGAUUCGCCACGACGAGCAGAGCGAGAUAGCAAUCCAAAGUCGCGAUAGUCUUCGGGCAGACAGGGAAAGCCUGGAGCGUAUGGUGGUCGAUUUUGCCAUUCAGCAUCCAGAUGAAAAGGGUGCCAAUUUCACCGAAGCAGAAAUUGCCGAGCUCAGGGCAAAGGUGAAGGAAGGAGACCUCACGCCGGUGUUGAGGGCGUAUGAGAGAGAGAUGCAGAGCCCGAUCAAGAACGCCAUCAUGGGCGAUCUGGUCCGCACCUUACUCAUCCAGGUCCAAAAGACCAAAGUCGACGUCGAGGUAGCCAUCGGUGGAAUAGAUUCUCUGCUCAAGAGCCAGGAAUUGCUCUUCGGCUUUGUCGGAAUCGCUCCUGGAGUGCUCAUCUCGUACUUCCUCUUUCAAUGGCUGAGGAACGUCUUUGGAGGCCGCAAAGGUCUGCGACAGGGCAUGAAGAAGGGCGAAACAAUCCGUCUUAUCAGAAACAUCGACCGCACAUUGACCUCUUCGGACCUCGACAUCGACCAAGGCAUCAUCUCGGAAGAAAACCACGGCUUCCUCCUCUGCGAGACUCACCUACUGCGCCAGCGCGCCGCACAAGUCCUGCCCCGGAGCGUGUGGCGCGAGUUCCUCGAGGACCUGGACGAUCUCCUCGACGUCAAGCAGGGCGUCAAUCGGCAGAUUCAGGUCGUGCGGAGGAUCGAAUGGGCCUACGCCAAGUGGUUAACAUGA